AUGAAAUACCUUUCUUUUUUUGCGCCUUUUGUUUUAUCCCUAUCAGGCCUAGUUAUCCAGCCUAAAGAUUCAGACCUUGUUUCGCCACAAGAUAUGAUUGAUGAAAUUAACAGCACUCAAGGCUCAUGGGUUGCUUCUGCUGAUUGGGUUGGCCAUAUGGCAACUACUGAAGCCAAACGCAAGGUCUCUUCAAAGCCAAUAUCUCCGAAGUUUCCUGAAUAUGACUGGGGUGUAGUCUUAAACUACCUCUCAAUCCCAUCAUCUUUUGAUUCAAGAACUCAAUGGCCAGAUUGUAUUCAUCCUAUUCAGAAUAUAGGAAUUUGUGAAGGUGAUUGGGCAUAUUCAGCUGCUGGAGCUCUUUCAGAUAGGUUUUGUAUAGCUUCAAAUAAAAAUAUUAAUGUGGUGCUGUCUCCUGGAUAUGUAAUAGUUUGUGAUAUCGAAUACGACAACAGAUGCAGCGGAGGAACGGCUGGUGGUGCUUGGAAUUUCCUUAAACAAUACGGAACCCCUUUGGCAUCUUGUGUCCCUAUGCAUUCAUGAAGCGUAUUCCUUUUUGAGAUAUUAAAAGCGUAGGAAAGGCUAUGGGCCAUUAAUUUGGCAGAUAAACUUUAUUUUUGUAUCUAUAACUGAACGAAAAAUAAUUUUGCUCCAUAAACCGAAUAAUUUGGCUGACCAUCUCUUUUUUACUUCAAGCUAUCAACUGUUUUUAAACAUGUUUUUAAUAGAAUAGAUGACGGAUGCCCUAAUAAAUGUAACUCAGGAGAAUCACUUCAAUUUUACAAAGCUGCAUCUGUAAAUUCUUAUAGUGGUCCAUCAUCAAUUCAAGCUGCAAUAUUGACGAAUGGCCCAGUUGAAACUACUAUGCAUCUUUAUCAAGAUUUUUCCUCCUACAAAGGAGGUAUUUAUAAGCACACUACAGGAAGUCUUUUAGGAUCUGUAAGUGUAAAGCUCAUUGGAUGGGGAAAUCAGAAUGGAACCAACUAUUGGAUAGGUGCCAACUGUUGGGGAACUAGUUGGGGUAUGAAAGGAUAUAGCUUUUUCUUAAAGUUGCCCAAUAAGGGCAUGAUGUUGGAGAGAAACUCAUUUGCUAACUCUCCAAUUAGUUUGGCCAACAUGAAACUAUCGGGCAACUUUAAGGAAUUGCCUAUAUUUCUGGAUUGCGUUUGGGGAAUGCGGAAUUGAUACCCAUGCUGUAGCGGGGAGUCCUUACAUUUAA